AUGAACGCCCGGCUAUUGAUCGCUUUAUUCAGUUUGCUAGCUGUUGCGCUGGGUCUGGAAUGUUAUACCGGAUUCACGUAUAUUCGGGGUCAAAGUGUCGGAACUAACAAGGAAACAUGCAGUUCGCCCAAGGAUUUUUGCUACAAUGCGACAGCUGAUAUGACAAACUUGAAUCUGGUCUCGAGAUCUGGGUGCUCGAAUCUGCUAUGCAAGGUCGCCAAAAACAAAUGCAUCGAUCAGUCGUUCCUGGGAAAAAAGACCCGGUUUUGCUGCUGCAACGACGGAGAUCUCUGCAAUUCGAAGAGAGCGGCGAUGAACACCGUCGAGAAGUUCGCGGAUCGCAUGCAUGACUUUUCGAAGAUUUUCGGU